CGCAAACCUCCCCGGAUCCGCUGCAGCCAGCUGAUAAAACGGCUCAAAGUCCUUGUUCCACCACUGAUCGUACCCCGUUGGAGUUGCACGUCCCGUUUUAAGUGCGUAGCGCGCCUUGGCCUGGCUGAGCGUCGUCGACUGCCGGGAGAAGAGGAUGUCGACUUGCUGGUGCGCCGUCGCGAGCUCUGGUGUCAGCGCCAUCGCGAUGACAGGCGAGAGUGGUUCGAACGGGGGCAGUAGCACUUCUGUAUCCUGCACUGUCGCACUGGUACCAUUCCCGGCCCCGGUGCGGUGGUGCGGAUGCUUGGCUGGGAGGUACACCGCACCGGAGAACAUGCCGAGGAGCGUGAGAGCGCCGACGAAGGGCAGCCAAUAGCGACACGGGGUGCGCUGGUGCCGGUCGGUUGGCGCGGAGAGCAGCGCCUUGGGGAAGUGGUGCGGAAGCAGUUGUUCGGUC